AUGUCUUCGCAUGAUCACCUUUUGGAAGACGCCAAGUGGGAUUUGAGGCAGGUGGAGAGAAGGGUGCAGAGGCAGAUGAGGCUGCUGGACCUGCACCUGCAGCAGCUCCGUGAGGAGCUGCCUGCAUCCUGCCUGCGCAGCCUGCCCCCGCGCCCCUGCUGCCUGCACCCACCCAACUCCUGCCCCUGGGAGAGAAGGGCCCGCGCCGCAAGGCUGGAUGUGGAGCAAGAACUGGGCAGCAUACAAAGAAGGCUUAACAGGAUGUUGAACUCCUCCCAUGAUCACAAGCUUUUGGCUUUGAUGGAUGUGGAGGGUUUUGACCCCAAGGAAGUCACUGUAACGGUGAAAGACGGGAAGGUGAAGGUGUCAGCAGAGCACGAGGAGGAGCACACCACUGCAGGAGGGAAGGAGUAUAACUACAGAAACAUCACGAGGGAAAUCAGCCUGCCACCAAGGGUGAGCGAGGAUGAGGUGACCUACUCGCUGGAACCAAAUAGCAUUGUGAAGAUCGAAACAGCGUGCAAGUGCUACCCUUGUCUCCUGAGACGCUGA